AUGAAACCUAAAAACCACAUAUUUAACCACCCAACACUCCAAACAUUGCAACAAAAAUGCAACAACCUCAACAGCCUUAAACAAAUCCAUGCCCAAAUCAUAACAACUGGUCUUUCACUUCAAACAUAUUGCCUUAGUCACCUCAUUAACAUUUCCUCUAAAUUUGAUUUAUCCUAUGCUUUAACCAUCUUCAAUUACAUCCCAAACCCAACAAUUUUCCUCUACAAUACUCUCAUUUCAUCAUUGAUUAAUCAUCAAAAUAGUCAAAAUAAAAUCUUUUCACUUUAUAAUAAAAUCAUCACACACAAAAAUCUUAAACCCAAUAGUUUCACUUUUCCUUCUCUUUUCAAAGCUUGUUGUUCUAACCCGUCAUGGUUUCAAUAUGGUUUAUUACUUCAUACACAUGUUUUGAAGUUUCUUCAACCACCCUAUGAUCUUUUUGUUCAAGGCUCUUUGCUUAAUUUCUAUGCUAAAUAUGGGAAAUUGUGUGUUUCUAGAUAUCUUUUUGAUCAAAUUGAUCAACCUGAUUUGGCUACUUGGAAUAUUAUUUUGGGUGCUUAUGCAAAUAGUUUUGGUGAUGCUGAAUUUUCAUGGGAAGCUUUGUGUUUAUUUCAUGAUAUGCAAGUGGCUAAAGUAAGAGCUAAUGAAGUUACAAUUGUUGCAUUGAUUAGUGUAUGUUCUAGUUUAGGUGCUCUUAGUCAUGGUUUUUGGGUUCAUUGUUUUGUGUUAAGGAAUAAGCUUAUGGUGAAUAGGUUUGUUGGAACUGCAUUGGUUGAUAUGUAUUCGAAAUGCGGGUGUUUGAAUCUUGCAUGUCAGGUGUUUGAUAAAAUGGCUGAUAGAGAUAGGGAUACGUUUUGUUAUAAUGCAAUGAUUGGGGGUUUUGCUAUUCAUGGUUACGGGAAUCAAGCGCUUGAGCUUUAUAGAAAGAUGAAAUUAAAGGGUUUAGUUCCGGAUGAUGCGACGUUUGUGGUUACCAUGUUUGCUUGCUCUCAUGUUGGAUUAGUGGAAGAAGGGUUGAAGAUUUUCAAGUCCAUGAAGGAGGUUCAUGGGGUGGAACCAAAACUCGAGCACUACGGAUGUCUGAUUGAUCUUUUAGGUCGAGCUGGGCGGUUAAAGGAAGCGGAGGAUUGGUUACGAGAUAUGCCAAUGAAACCAAACGCGGUAAUUUGGAGGUCUUUACUUGGUGCAGCAAGACUUCAUGGGAAGUUAGAUAUGGGAGAAGUUUCUCUCAGAAAGUUAAUAGAGUUGGAACCAGAAACUAGCGGAAACUAUGUUCUUUUGUCGAAUAUGUACGCUAGUGUUGCUAGGUGGAAUGAUGUCAAGAGAGUUAGGAUGUUGAUGAAACAUCACGGUGUUAACAAGUUGCCGGGUUUUAGCCUAGUGGAGAUAAAUGGUGCCAUGCACGAGUUUCUUACAGGUGACAAAACUCAUCCGUUUUCAAAAGAAAUAUAUUUGAAGAUCGCGGAGAUUAAUAGAAGACUACAAGAAUACGGUCACAAUGCGAGAACAUCAGAGGUUUUGUUUGAUGUAGAAGAGGAAGAUAAGGAAGGUGUACUUUCUUACCAUAGUGAAAGGCUAGCCAUAGCAUUUGCUCUUAUAGUGUCCCCUUCGAGUUUAGCUAUAAGAAUUAUUAAAAACCUUCGAGUUUGUGGCGAUUGUCAUGCGUUUACCAAGCUAAUAUCGUCGGAGUAUGGAAGAGAUAUUAUAGUUAGAGAUCGAAAUCGGUUUCAUCAUUUUAAAGAUGGGAGUUGCUCUUGUCUGGAUUACUGGUGA